GGCUCCUGGGGAAGGCGGCUUUGUCCGAGCCUCCAAACCCCGCAGUUCCUGCCCCAGGGUCCCCGCACGCUGCAGGGAGCCGGCGCCAUGCGCGUGGCCGUCAUCGGCGCGGGGGUGAUCGGCCUCUCCACCGCGCUCUGCAUCCACGAGCGCUUCCACGGCCUCCUGCCCUCCCUGCAGCUGGAGGUCCAUGCCGACCGCUGCACACCCCACACCACCAGCGAUGGGGCGGCCGGCCUGUGGCAGCCCUACCUGAGCGACCGUGGUGACCUGCAGGAGACGCUCUGGAAUAAGGAGACGUUCGAUCACCUCCUGGGGCUCCUGGGCUCCCCAGCGGCGAAGGAAAUGGGACUUUUCCUGGUCUCUGGCUAUAACCUGUUCAGGCAGCCGGUGCCGGACCCCUCUUGGAAGGACAUUGUCCUGGGGUUCAGGAACCUGACACCCAAGGAGCUUGAGCUCUUCCCUGGUUACAGCUACGGCUGGUUCAACACGGCGCUGAUGCUGGAGUGCAGGAGGUACCUGCCCUGGCUCACCAACAGGUUAACAGAGAGGGGAGUGAAGUUUUUCCAUCAGAAGGUUGGGUCUUUCCAGGAGAUGUUUGCCCAGGGCGUGGAUGUUGUCAUCAACUGCACCGGGGUGCGUGCAGGGGAGCUGCAGCCUGACCCGGAGCUCCAGCCCGGCCGGGGACAGGUCAUAAAGGUCCUGGCUCCAUGGGUGAAGCACUUCAUCAUCACUCACGACAUGGAAUCUGGGAUCUACAACUCACCGUACAUCAUCCCGGGGAGCGAGUUCACGGUGCUGGGAGGGAUCUACCAGCACGGCAACUGGAACGAAGCAAACAGCGCCCAGGACCACAAAACCAUCUGGGAGGGCUGCUGCCGGCUGCUGCCCACUCUGCAGGAAGCCAAGAUCGUGGGGGAAUGGAGCGGCCUGAGACCAGCGCGGCCCCGGGUGCGCCUGGAGCGGGAGAGCAUCGGCCACGGGCAGCUCCAGGCACAGGUGAUACACAACUACGGGCACGGUGGGUUCGGGAUCACCAUCCACUGGGGCUGUGCCAUGGCAGCAGCCAGGCUCUUUGGCAGCAUCCUCCAGGAGAGGAAGCUGGCCGGCUCACCGCAGCCCCGCUUGUGAGUUACCCAGGAUGAUGGUGGCAGGAGUAGCUUAGGAAUCACAGCAGAAAGAUGGGAAUAACACAGUGCUAACACCCGGGCUCUUCGACCCUCCUGCCAGCUCCG